CUAUAUGCCCGCAGCUUACAUGGAAACAACAAGAAGUCGAUACCAAGUUCAUUUCGGUAGUUGACUCGUUUCUUAGCCAAAGUAGCAGCUUGUCAGAGCGAUACUCCAAUAUUCCUUUGCAUAAAUUAGGAUAG